AUGAUGGAAGAAGGUAUGUUAGAUGUGGGGACGCAUUGUACCUUUUGUAGGCAAUUAGAUUUCUUACCAUUCCAUUGUGAUUAUUGUGAUAAAGAUUUCUGUUCUAAACAUAGAACUCAACAAUCCCAUUUAUGUACUUCUUUACCAACACAAAAUUCUAUUUCGCAUCGAACUACAGCUAAUUUAACCACAAAUAAAGGGAAUGGUGACAAAUUCUUCCAAUCCUUACUGCCAGAUAAAGCUGCCGUAAGAUUACAUACUAGUGGCAAGCCAUCAAGCAAAACGAUUGCUAAUAGUAAUAUUAAAGAUAAACAAAAUGGGACAGAGCAAUAUCCCAUGAAAGCAUACCUAAACUCAUCAGCGAAAUCAAGAUUACUUAGAUUCUUGAAAAAAAUGAAACAAUCAUCGUCGAAAUCUUCCAUAUCAGACUCAAAAGAUACAACUCAUUUAUUAUCUAAUACUACAAAUAUUAAACCAAGUAUUAAAAGAUCGCAUAGAAUUACUGAACUAUCUAAAGUUAAGAAAAUUGCAAUAGGGGAUAAAAAAAUACCUGAAGAUAAGAGGUUAUACGUUUAUUGUUAUAUAAUCGAUCAAGAUAUCGAUUCUCCAUCUCCAUCUUCAUCGACAAAGAAGCACGUUAUAUUUCUGGAUAAGAACUGGGUUAUAGGCAAAAAUUUGGAUUAUAUUGCGAAGGUUUUAAACGUUAAAAAUAUUAAUAUUAAUAGUUCAACGACUCAAGAGGAAAAAUUAUUUCUUUAUAAUAGUGUAUUUCCUACCAAUAACGAUGAUUUCCAAGCAGAAUUAUUAGCAAAUAAUAAGAAAGCUAUGUUAAUGUUAAAAGAUUUAGAUACUAUAUAUUUGGUUCGUGGCACUGACAAUUUUAGUUAA